AUGCGAGCGAAGCUGCCGGAGGCAGAGGAGUCCGGAGACUAUGGGACACGAGUCAGGACAAAGUGGCGUCUGAUGGUCAACCCAGAACAUGUAUUGUUCAAAUGCCGACCCAAGGAAGAAGGCCUUAAAACGGUCCCAUGGUCAUUAGCCGUUGCUGCCGGAGAAUGGAGAACCCCCGAUCAGCCCUGGUGCUCUCGAAGCGCCCGCCCUGGUGCUCUCGAAGCGCCCGCCCUAGUUCCUGGGGAGGAAGUCUGGGUCGCUGGCGAUCCGGUUCCGCCCCAGGCACAACUCAUAUCGGCACUUAAAGUCACAAUUCCACUCUAA